UCCAAAUGAAACGAACGCCAGUCCUUUCGCUAAUCCUUGUCUAUCCUUUUUAUCUCGGGACUCAUAGCAGUCUGAUCACUAUGGGACAGCGAAGCGGGGGGACAAAGCCAUGCGGAUGAUAUUUCUGUAAAUGAGAGAAAAAGGCAAGUCCGUUUGACUUUAGUGGGCGCAAACUGGGCGCAUGUAGGCAAUCUGCGUAUGCGUAAAAGUGGGCCAAAAUGUUCCUCGUCCUGCUCCUGGGGCUCUACGUGGCCGCAGGUGAACUCUUCUCCCCAGUGAGCUCCUGUCCUUCCCAGUGCAGCUGUUUUUACCACAACCUGAGUGAUGGAUCGAAGGCCAGGAGUGUGAUUUGCAAUGAUCCCGAGAUAUCGCUCGUGCCUGUCGGGUUCCCUGUUGACACCUCCAAGCUGCGGAUUGAGAAGACGUCCAUCCAGCGGAUACCAAGCGAAGCCUUCAACUACCUCUCCAGUCUUGAAUUCCUGUGGAUGUCUUUUAACACGCUGUCCGCCUUGAACCCGGACAGUUUCCGGGGACUGUUCAACCUGGAAGAGCUUCGCCUGGACGGGAAUGCCCUCACCGCCUUUCCCUGGGAAUCUCUCUUGGAUAUGCCCAGCCUCAGACUUCUCGAUUUGCACAACAACCAGCUGACCGCGCUGCCGGCGGAAGCCACCACCUACAUCCGGAACCUCACCUACCUGGACCUGUCCAGCAACAGCCUGCUGACGCUGCCGGCAGAGGUGCUGUCCACCUGGCUGGCUGCGAAACCCACGCAGGGGCCCGAGAGCUCCAAGAUGAUACUGGGCCUCCAUGAUAACCCCUGGGUGUGUGACUGUCGACUCUACGACCUGGUCCAGUUCCAAAAGUCUCCCACGCUUUCCGUGGCAUUCAUUGACACGAGACUUCGGUGUUCAGCUCCGGAGAGUGUGUCGGGGGUCUUGUUCAGUGAUGCAGAGCUGCGACGCUGUCAGCUCCCACGGAUCCAUACAGCCGUGGCACGAGUCCGUAGCGCUGUAGGAAACAACGUGCUGCUUCGCUGUGGGACCAUCGGAGUCCCGAUCCCAGACCUGACAUGGCGCAGGGCAGAUGGACGAGCUCUCAAUGGGACAGUUCAGCAAGAAACAUCAAAAGAGGGAAUCACCUGGUCAGUCCUCAGCGUUCCAGCUGUGUCUUAUAAAGAUUCAGGGAAAUUCAUCUGUAAAGCUUCUAACUAUGCAGGAAAUGCUGAGGCUGUCAUUUCCCUCGUUGUGUCUAACUCACCAAAACCAGAUGGGAACCAAACAAACACUGACAAGAAGGUCAAAGUCAAGAAACCAAAUCAAAUGGGGAAAGCUGCCUAUCAGGAGAAGCUGGUUGCCAGAUAUGUGGUUCCAACAUACAGUCCUACAUCCUUGCCUGCCCUGGACUCCGGUCUUCCACCUGGUAUUGGUUCUGAUCCUGGACGAGGUAGUUACAGCCUGGCUGACAGAGCCACUCCGGGGCCUGCCACGUCCUCCAACCCAGACGCCCUGCUGGACCUCGAGAAGACAAAUCUGAGUAACCUGGCUGCCAACACAUCAUCUUUACAGCAGGACCCCGACAGAGUGGUUCGCUCAGUGAAGGUGGUGGGGGACACAGACAAUACAAUUUCUCUAAACUGGAGAGCACCUAAAGCCAAGAACACAACGGCAUUUAGUGUGCUGUAUGCAGUGUUUGGGGAGAGGGACAUGAGGAAGAUCAAUGUUGGUGCAGGGCAGAACCGUGUGACCAUCGACGGGUUGGUGCCCAGGACCAAGUACAUUGCCUGUGUGUGUGUGAGGGGCCUGAUUCCCAAGAAGGAGCAGUGUGUCAUAUUUUCCACUGAUGAAGCAGCGAGUGCGACUGGCACCCAGAAGCUGAUUAAUGUGAUUGUGAUCACAGUGGCCUGUGUCAUUGCAGUCCCGCUCACUGUCAUUGUGUGCUGCGGGGCACUGAAGAGACGAAUUCAAAAGUACUGGGGAAAGAAAUCAAAGGACAUCCAAGAUUCAUAUGUGACCUUUGAAACUCUGUCGCCCGCCACAAAGGCCAAAGGGCUCGAGGGCGAAUAUUUAAACAGACUGAACCCAGAGGAGUCCAACAGGCUGCUGUCGGCCCGCUCCAGCCUGGACUCUGAGGCCACCGCCAAGAUAGAGGGACAGCCUAAUGAGUACUUCUGCUGACGUCAUGCUCCAGCUCCGGCUCCUGCUCCACGCCAUCUUCCCCGCGCUCACCCAC